AUGGAGGAAUCUCUAAUGGCAUUUAUUGGCCACGAAGCAGCAGAGGGCCUUGUCGUUGCUGAUACCUUAGAGAUUCCUGAAAGUGAUGCAGAAGUAGAAGCUGGUGGUGACAAAGAUGUCCACAAUCCGGUUGUGGAUGAUAGAAAAACAAUGAAAAAACGUAAUUAUAUUGAUUACUUUUUAUUGUUUAGUUAUUUUUAUGGAGUUGGUGACUUGAAGAGUGUCUAG